AUGGAUCUACCUACGCCAAACACCUCCCAUGUACCAUAUGAGCGGGUCUAUGAACCAGCUGAAGACUCAUUCCUACUCCUCGACACCUUUUCUCUUGACACAGAACGAACAUUUCUUCGAGAAAGAUUUUCAGAGAAUGUUCCACUCGUCGUUGAAAUCGGCACGGGCUCUGGCGUUGUCCUAGGCUUCGUCAAUGCUCACGCGCAAACACUCUUUGGCACCAGACGGAUCCUGACAGCGGGCGUGGACAUGAACGCUUAUGCGUGCAGGGCCACGGUCGAAACCGCGAGGCGGGCAGAGAGAGACAACCCGUCUACACAUGGGAUGUAUCUGGGCUCGAGCAUGGGCGAUCUUACCACGUCCGUACGGGACCACGAGAUCGACGUGCUCAUCUUCAAUCCGCCCUAUGUCCCUACCUCGGAGAUGCCUCUGCAACCAGACGAGUUCAAGCCAGAGCCAGCACCGAGCCAGCAGCCGUCAUUCGACGAUGAUUCAUAUCUCUUGUCCCUGUCCUACGCCGGUGGCAAGGACGGCAUGGAGACGACAGAUCGGAUCAUAGACUCGCUGUCCGCUAUCCUCUCGCCCCAAGGCUGUGCUUACAUUCUGUUUUGCGCCCAGAACAGGCCCGAGCAAGUCAAGCAGCGCAUACGUGAGUUUGGGCCUGAGUGGAGGGCCGAAACCGUCGGAUCGAGUGGGAAGACAGCCGGGCGCGAGAAGCUGCAAGUCGUCCGUAUAUGGAGGGAGUCAGACAGGGCAUGA